AUGGGAAUUCAAGGAACAGAAGUUGCCAAGGAAAGCUCAGAUAUUAUAAUCACGGAUGAUAACUAUGCUUCAGUGGUCAGUGUUUUGGCAUGCGGAAGAUGUGUUUAUCACAAUACGCAGAAGCUCGUCCAAUUCCAGCUCACAGCAAAUGUUGCUGGUCUUUUGAUCAACUUUGCAGUAGCAGCUUCAUCAAGGCAAGUGCCAUUUACGAUAGUUCGUUCAAUUUGGUUGCACAUGAUUAUGGACACACUACUAGCUCUGGCUCUUACCAAGGAUAAACCCACAAAAGAACUCAUGGAAAAGCCACCGGCGGGCAGAACUGAGCCCUUCAUCACCAAUGUCAUGUGCAGGAAGCUCUUGGCUCAAGCUCUGUAUCAAACAACUGUCCUCUUGAUAUUACAGUUCAGGGGAGAAGCAAUGUUUGGUGUUAAUAAUAAGGUAAAUGGCACCUUGAUCUUUAAUACUUACGUGUUUUGCCAGAUAUUCAAUAGUUUAAUGCAAGGAAGAUUGAGAAGAAGGAUAUCUUUAGGUAUUAUCCACACCGACAAAUUGUUCAUGGGGAUAAUUGCAGUGGCAGUUAUUCUACAGAUUGUGACAGUGGAAUUUCUAAGCACAUUUGAAGAUUUCAACCUAUGGGGAGUAUGUCUUGGAAUUGCAGCCAUUUCUUGGCCAAUCGGUUGGGUUGUUAAGUGUAUACCUGUGCCACAGAAACCCAUUUUCCACUACCUGAAGAUGAAGAUGAACUGA